AUGAUUGAAAACGUGGUCCAGUCCUCCUCUGCUGCCAGACAUGCUUUUGUCCUCCUGCCCCGCUCACCCGAUGUUGCAGUAAUACAGAUGGAUCGUAGUAGAGAGGCAGAAAUGGAGUUACGGAGAUCCUCCAGCCCAGGCAAGCUCAGCAAGAAUGACGUGGAUGCUGACAAGACCAUGUGCCACAGCUGCUGCAUCUGCGGUAAAAGUUUCCCUUUCCAGAGCUCCUUGUCGCAGCACAUGCGGAAGCACACGGGUGAGAAGCCCUACAAAUGCCCUUACUGUGAUCACAGAGCUUCCCAAAAGGGCAACCUGAAGAUCCACAUCCGUAGUCACAGAACAGGCACUUUAAGUCAGGGGCACGAGGCGGAGAUGGGAGAGGCGCAGCUGGGCGAGAUGGGCGUUUCAGAGGGCCUCGGCGGGUGCACCAGCCCCACGAAAAGUACGGCCGCCUGCAACAAGAUCUUGAACGGUACCGCUCAGGUAGACAGCAGCAAGAUCUUGUUGAGAAGCAGCAAGAAGGAGGUCAUGGAAGUGGUGCGGGCCGAGGAGGACGGCAAGCUGAACUCUUACCAGUGCACCUUCUGCAAAAACAAAUUUGAACGGAAGAAGGACCUGGAGCAGCACCUGCACCAGGUCCACAAACCUUUCAAGUGCAGGUUGUGUAGCUACAUGACCCUGAGGGAGGAGACGCUGUUAAACCACAUAGAGAAGGACCAUAUAACAGCUCAGGUCCCAAAUGGGGAGGCCUACACCGAGAACUGCAAGAGCGAGCUGAGCGCGGGCGAGUUUCCUUGUGAAGUGUGUGGUCAGGCCUUUAGUCAAACCUGGUUCCUGAAAGCUCACAUGAAAAAGCACAGGGGGUCAUUUGAUCACGGGUGCCACAUUUGUGGCAGGAGAUUCAAAGAGCCCUGGUUUCUCAAAAACCACAUGAAGUCGCAUGGCCCCAAGACAGGGAGCAAAAACAAACCAAAAAAUGAUUUGGAGCUCAUAGCCACUAUCAAUGACGUGAUACAGGAGGAGACGAUUGUGACGGGCCUGUCUCUGUACGAAGUUUGCACCAAGUGUGGAAAUCUGUUUACAAAUAUGGAAAGCCUGAAAGCGCAUAACACUGUUCACUACCGGGCGCAGCGGAGCAGUGCCGGGGAUAAAGCCGAGGGCUUAGCUGACGGUAGCCUAAGCUCCUCGGUAACGAAGCAGUUUUUCUUGCAGUGUCUCAGUCUGAGGCCAUCUGUAGGGCUGGACAGAGUUACAAGAGGACAGCCUGGGAAAAGAGUAGCCGAGCUGGAUCCGGUCAGUAGCUACCAAGCUUGGCAGCUGGCCACCAAAGGAAAAGUAGUGGAGCCCUCAGAGUAUGUGAAGUAUGUGGGAUGGGACGAAGCCCUGGCAGAUGCAGACGUGACUUACGACAGGGAUAAGAGAGAGUAUAUCCUUGUCAACCAGGAGAAGCGCAAACGAGACCAGGACUCUCCCAGCUCUUCCAGCAACCCCAAGAAGAAGAACUGCACCAGUGGACGCCUGGAGAAAACAGGUGCUGCCCCACCGGGAGAGAGCUGCCCGCUCUCCCAGGGAGACCUGGACUACCGCCCUGUCUCACGGCAGAGCCGUCGGGCCGCCCAGAACAAGUCCACCGAGUGCUUUGAGUGCGGGAAGAUCUUCCGCACCUACCACCAAAUGGUGCUGCACUCCCGGGUGCACCGCAAGGAGCGGAGGAGCUGCGGCGAGGGUGGGACAGCCACCCAGCCCGACCGCUACGGCUCCAGCAGCGAGGAAGGGGACUCGGGGUCCGUCAGUGGGCCCAGCACCCCCGGCUCCGCGUCUGCCCCAGAGGACUCUGCCACCUCUGGCCUUGGAGAGGAGGGGGCUGAGGAGAGCUCGGAGGAGGGAGCAGCCAACCCCUCGCUAGGUAAGAUCGCUCCCAGCCUCGCCCUGCUCGCUGUCGCUGGUCCCUGUGUCUCCUGGUGCAGGACAUGGCGAUGA